GGGUGGAGAGAGACAUAGAGAGAGAGAGAGAGAAGGAGAGAGAGGGGGGAGGAGAGAGAGAGCUUUUGGCCUAAAACCCUGUUUUUCUCUGUUUCUCUGUCUUUCUCUAGAUUUCCUCUCUCUAAAAUCAAACUUUCUCUCUCUUCCUGCACUUGGGUUUGUUUGUUUCUUGAUCUACAACAACGACUCCCCCUCCUUCAUUCCCCCUUUCUCCACCGCUUAUGGAUGGUUCUGGUUGUGGCUUUUGAUUUCAGGUUGAAAGUUGAAGUUAUCGUCGCAGUAAGGAGCGGUGGAAAAUUUGGUGGUGCGAUUGGUUUGCGUAUAAAAUGAAGAUGAAAAUUGAGUCAAUUAAACGGGGAAGAAUAAGAGACAGGAUUCGUAGAAGCCAUCUCUACACAUUCUCAUGCCUCCGGGCAGUAAAAAGUGUGCGUCAGGCUGACGAUUCGAAUCCUUUAACAGGACCCGGCUUCUCACGAACUGUGUGUUGCAACCAACCUCAUCUCCAUGACAGGAAGCCAUUGAAAUACUGCGCGAAUUACAUAUCCACGACCAAGUAUAAUGUUCUUACUUUCUUGCCUAAGGCUCUAUUUGAGCAGUUCCGGCGGGUUGCCAAUGUGUACUUUCUUAUGGCUGCAUUGUUAUCGCUCACACCAGUUGCCCCAUUUUCUGCGAUGAGCAUGAUUGCUCCUUUGGUAUUUGUUGUCGGGCUCAGUAUGCUUAAAGAAGCUCUUGAGGACUGGCGUCGAUUUGUGCAGGACAUGAAGGUUAAUCUCAGGAAAGUUAGUGUCCAUAAAGGGGACGGUGUAUUUGGCUACAGACCUUGGCACCAGAUUCGAGUUGGAGAUAUAGUUAAAGUAGAGAAAGAUCAGUUUUUUCCAGCUGAUUUGUUUCUCCUGUCAUCGUGCUAUGAGGACGGUAUAUGUUAUGUCGAAACAAUGAAUUUGGAUGGUGAGACUAAUCUCAAAGUAAAAAGAUCUUUGGAAGUAACCUUACCAUUGGAUGAUGAUGCAACUUUCAAAGAUUUUACUGGAAAAAUUUACUGUGAGGAUCCGAACCCUAAUCUUUACACCUUCGUAGGCAAUUUUGAGUACGACCGGCAGAUUUAUCCUCUUGAUCCUAGUCAGAUCCUCCUCAGAGAUUCAAAAUUGAGGAAUACAGCUUAUGCCUAUGGGGUGGUGGUAUUUACUGGACAUGAUAGCAAAGUGAUGCAGAAUGCUACUAAAUCUCCUUCAAAAAGAAGUAGAAUAGAGAGACAAAUGGACAAAAUUAUUUACAUCCUUUUUACUCUCCUUGUACUGAUCUCACUAAUCAGCUCAAUAGGUUUUGCUGUGAAGACAAAGUACGAAAUGACAGACUGGUGGUAUUUACAAACUACUGGUGAUGAUCCAUUGUACAAUCCUCGUAAGGCAGCCUUAUCAGGGCUCCUACAUUUAAUCACUGCUCUUAUUCUGUAUGGAUACUUGAUACCCAUCUCGCUCUAUGUUUCCAUCGAGGUUGUUAAGGUUUUGCAAGCUUCCUUCAUUAACCAAGAUAUUAACAUGUAUGAUGAAGAGACUGCAAAUACCGCUCGAGCUCGAACUUCAAAUUUGAAUGAGGAGUUGGGCCAGGUAGACACAAUCCUCUCUGACAAAACUGGCACUUUGACUUGCAAUCAGAUGGACUUUCUGAAAUGUUCCAUUGCUGGCACUGCAUAUGGUGUUAAAGCUAGUGAGGUUGAACUUGCAGCAGCAAGGCAGAUGGCACAUGACCUCGAGGAGCAGGAUGGAGAAGAUUUCGAUACUCCCUCACAAAAAGGUGGACAGCCUUCCAUGCCAAAUAGCAGAAGAGAGUCUGAGAUCGAACUGGAGACUGUUGUUACUUCAAGCGAUUCCAAGGAUCAGAAGCCUGCCAUUAAGUAUUUUAGUUUUGAGGACAGCCGCCUAACGGGUGGGAACUGGUUGAAUGAGCCGCAUCGUGAUGAUAUUCUAUUAUUCUUCCGAAUUUUAGGAAUUUGUCACACUGCAAUUCCUGAACUGAAUGAAGAGACUGGUGUUUAUACGUAUGAAGCAGAGUCCCCCGAUGAAGGUGCUUUCCUUGUUGCAGCCAGAGAAUUUGGUUUUGAAUUUUGUAAGAGAACACAAUCAAGCUUAGUUGUCCGCGAGAAAUAUCCUUCACCUACCCAAAUAGUUGAAAGGGAAUACAAAAUUUUGAAUCUUUUGGAUUUCACAAGCAAGAGAAAGAGAAUGUCUGUGAUUAUUAGGGACGAGAGUGGCCAGAUUCUUCUUCUCUGCAAAGGUGCUGAUAGCAUCAUCUUUGAUCGACUGGCAAAGAACGGAAGAACAUAUGAGGAAGCAACCACAAAGCAUUUGAAUGAAUAUGGAGAAGCUGGGCUGCGUACUCUGGCACUUGCUUAUAGGAAGCUUGAGGAGUCCGAAUAUACUGCUUGGAACAAUGAGUUUCAGAAGGCUAAGACAUCCAUCGGAGGAGAUAGAGAUGCAAUGCUCGAGCGAGUAUCCGACCUCAUGGAGCGAGAAUUAACCCUUGUUGGUGCUACCGCUGUGGAGGACAAGUUACAGAAUGGGGUACCCCAAUGCAUAGACAAACUUGCACAAGCUGGUCUUAAGAUCUGGGUUUUGACAGGGGAUAAGAUGGAAACUGCCAUCAACAUAGGAUUUGCAUGUAGUUUACUACGACAGGGGAUGAAGCAGAUCUGCAUAUCAACAAACGCAGAUGCCUUAGCCCAGGAUAGCAAAGAGGCCGUGAGAGAGAAUAUUUUGAAUCAAAUCACCAACGCCACCCAAAUGAUCAAGCUCGAGAAGGAUCCACAUGCUGCAUUUGCUUUAAUCAUUGAUGGGAAGACUCUAACCUAUGCUCUCGAGGAUGAUAUGAAGUAUCAGUUCCUUGGACUCGCAGUCGAUUGUGCAUCCGUCAUUUGCUGUCGUGUCUCCCCCAAGCAGAAGGCACUGGUAACAAGGUUAGUGAAAGAAGGUACAGGGAAAGCCACUUUAGCAAUUGGUGAUGGUGCAAACGAUGUCGGAAUGAUUCAAGAGGCUGAUAUUGGCGUCGGUAUCAGUGGGGUUGAAGGUAUGCAGGCUGUGAUGGCUAGUGACUUCUCUAUUGCUCAAUUUCGGUUUCUGGAAAGGCUUCUGGUAGUCCAUGGUCAUUGGUGCUACAAGAGGAUAGCACAAAUGAUUUGCUAUUUCUUCUACAAGAACAUUGCAUUUGGAUUAACACUGUUCUACUUCGAAGCAUUCACGGGCUUUUCCGGGCAAUCAAUUUACGAUGAUUUCUAUAUGCUAUCAUUUAACGUCAUACUCACCUCAUUGCCUGUAAUUUCUCUUGGAGUGUUUGAACAAGAUGUCCCUUCUGAGGUUUGCCUACAGUUCCCUGCGCUGUACCAGCAAGGACCCCGAAACUUGUUCUUCGACUGGCCUCGAAUUUUCGGAUGGAUGGGGAACGCUCUCUAUUCCUCUCUGGUUACCUUCUUCCUCAAUCUCCUCAUCUUCUACGACCAGGCAUUCCGCUCGGAAGGCCAGACCGCCGAUAUGACCGCUGUAGGCACCACCAUGUUCACUUGCAUCAUAUGGGCAGUCAAUUGCCAGAUUGCCCUCACAAUGAGCCACUUCACCUGGAUCCAACACGUUCUUGUCUGGGGCAGCAUCUCCAUGUGGUAUAUCUUCAUCGUACUUUAUGGAAUGAUAAUAUCCUCUGGAAAUGCAUAUCAAAUCUUUCUUGAAGCACUCAGCCCUGCCCCUAUUUACUGGAUAGCCACCAUACUAGUCACAAUCACAUGCAAUCUCCCAUAUCUUGCCCACAUCUCCUUCCAGAGAAGCUUUAAUCCUCUGGAUCAUCAUAUUAUCCAAGAAAUCAAAUACUACAGAAAGGAUGUGGAAGACAAACACAUGUGGACCAGGGAGAGAUCAAAGGCAAGGCAAAAGACCAAGAUAGGAUUCACAGCCAGAGUAGAAGCAUCCAUCAGGCAGUUGAAAGGAAGGCUGCAAAAGAAGCACUCCAUGAUAAAUGCUGCUGCUGCUACAUCAUGAAGAAACACAUCAUCCCAUCUACUUCUUCAAAAUUUUUGGAUUUUUUCCCUAGAGUUUCCGACCAUUUCAAUCUUUUUUCUUUUCUUUUAAAAAUUUUUUCCCCUCCCCUAAUGGCAGGCAAGUGAAAUGGGUUAUUGGGAUCCCCAUUCGUUAUAGCAAAAAAAAACAAAAAAACAGAAGACAGAAAAACAAAAAAAAGAAUGCACCCGGAGCUUUAUGAUGUAUGUACCAUAUAACUUAAAAAAGAAUUUGAAGUGUUAAGAGCUUGUAGAAUAGUGCUGAUACCGAAAAAGCUUGCUGUUCCCCAUUCUUUCCCAUGCUUUGUUUGUAUAUCCCCCUUAUUAAUGUUCAGAGAUUCAAAAAUUGACUGUGUCAGUUGUUCAAACUCUGUUUCACCACCCUUAAUUACUUUUCAUCUGAAGUUCUAUAUGCUUUA